AUGAAAGUCAUUGAAAAUCAAGCUCAAAAGGUUCAUAGCAUGAGAGUCAUUGCAGUUAAUGUGAUGGAGUUUGAAGUUGAUGAUGGUGAUGACAGUUAUAUAGUAAACUUAGAAGAUAAAAAUUGUCUUUGUAACAAAUGGAGAAUUACAAGAAUUCCACGUAGGCAUGCAUUAGCAUGUAUAGUGAAAAGGAAAUUGGAUUUUGCCCCUUAUGUGCAUGAAGCAUACUAUGUGAGUUCUUAUGCAAAAACCUGUGCUCCAACAUUCCAUGGAAUGCUUGGUCACAGAAAUAUGCCAGGAAGACCCACAAAAAACAAGCGAAAGCUCGAGUUUGAUGAGGGUAGUGAUGGAAAGAAGAAGAAGAAGAGUUUUGUUGAAAGGGACUUCAAGCAAAACAAGUGUGGGAACUAUGGAGGGCUUGACCAUUACAAGAAGACUUGCAAGAACCCACCCAAAUCAAAUGAGGCAUCCACUAGUACAACACCAGUUAAAAGAUGA